AUGGAGUGUGCUCGGAAAAAAUUGGAAGACAUUGUGGCCAAAUGCCAUACGGAAAAUAUUGAUGUUUUGAAAAUCGAAAGUAUUAAUAAAUUUUUGCUGGAAAAUAAAAAAUCAUCGAGUCAUAAGGAAAAAUGGUUGAAAUUUUUGCUGGUGACAAGUUUGCUGACAUAUGCCAUUAAUUAUUAUUUUACGGAGUUGCAAUCGAAGAGAUGUACCUUUCAAAUGCCUAACCUAAUGCGUUACGCCUUUCGCCCCCCUGAAAGUUGUACGUUUUGUGAAAAUGUGGAUCAAAUCGAGAGGGUCUCCAAUAUAACACCCCAGGAAUUUGAAAGAAAAUAUGCAUAUUCCGCAAAACCAGUGAUUGUGGGGGACGCCACCAAAAAUUGGACAGCAUUGGAGAAAUUCAACUACUGGUAUUUCCACGAUGUCUACAAUAAUGCUCAGCGCAAAGAAAAAAUAUUGGAUUGCCAAUUUUUGCCAUACAAAACGGGAUUUCGUGAUAUUUUCGAAGCUCUAGAUAUGCCGGAGAGUAGAGUGGAAUAUUUCCAAAGCAACGAUGUUCAAGGUGAUGUACAAAAACCAUGGUAUUUUGGGUGGAGUAAUUGUAACCCCGAGACGGCAGAAGAAUUUCGGCGACACUAUGGAAGACCGUACUUUUUACCAGAGACCUCUGAAAAUAAUAAUGUGGAUUGGUUUUUUAUUGGCACAGCCGGAUUGGGAGCGCAUAUGCAUAUUGACAAUGUCCGUUUACCCUCGUGGCAGGCCCAACUCUCAGGCAGUAAACGUUGGCUAUUGGCACCACCACCCGAAUGCUAUUUCAAAUGUAAAUCCUUUGAUGCCAUUGUCAAUAAAGGCGAUAUAAUUGUUUUGGAUACAAACAAAUGGUAUCAUCAGACAUUUGUGCAACCAGGUGAAAUAAGUCUCACAAUAGGUGCGGAAUAUGAUUAA